AUGUCACAGCUGUCAUCGCUCAAAGAGAAGACAAACUAUAGCAGUGUAAACCGGUCUGGUACAGGAGACGAUUCCUCCUUGGCCAGCAUGACUGGGAAACCAGAAAAGCCAGACGCUAAAACUCAAUCUGAAUCUAAACAGGCCGCUGCGGCCGAGUUCCAACCUUAUCGUCUCACUAUUGAUGAGGUUGCUCAAAACUUCCACUCCAACCUCCAGGAUGGUUUCUCCUCCUCCAAAGCUUCCGAAUUGUUGCAGAAAUAUGGUCCAAAUUCUUUGGGUGAAGGAGACAAAAUUUCCUAUUCGAAGAUUUUGGCCCACCAGCUUUUCAACGCCAUGAUCAUGGUGUUGCUCAUCUCCAUGGUGAUUGCAUUAGCCAUCAAGGACUGGAUCUCGGGUGGAGUGAUUGCUGCGGUGGUGUUCAUUAACAUCUCUAUUGGUUUCUUCCAGGAGAUGAAGGCUGAGAAAACCAUGGGAUCUUUGCGGUCCUUGAGUUCUCCCACAGCUAGAGUCACUCGUGAUGGUGAGGACCAAUCUAUUGCUGCCGAAGAGGUUAUCCCAGGUGACAUUGUCCAUAUCAAGGUGGGUGACACUGUCCCUGCAGACUUGAGAUUGUUCGACAGUAUGAAUUUGGAGACUGACGAGGCACUUUUGACCGGUGAAUCUUUGCCUGUGGCCAAGAAGCAUAAGGAAGUGUACUCGGACCCCUCGAUUCCUAUCCCAGUCGGCGACAGAUUGAACAUGGUAUUUUCGUCCUCUGUGGUUUCCAAGGGUAGAGGUACAGGUAUUGCCGUGGCUACGGGUUUGGAGACAGAGAUUGGAAAAAUCGCCCAGUCUUUGAAGUCCGAAACUGGAAUUGUCAGAAAAGUAGUGAGAGACGAAGACGGUAAGGCCUCGUCAAAGGCUUACUCAAGAGCCUUCUUCGGAACCGCCAAGGAUAUCACAGGAAACUUUUUGGGUGUCACAGUCGGUACCCCUUUGCAGAGAACCUUGUCUUGGUUGGCCAUUUUCUUGUUCUGGGUGGCUGUGGUGUUCGCCAUUGUGGUUAUGGCCGUGCAAAAGAUGGUGGUCAACAAGGAAGUUGCCAUCUAUGCUGUCUGUGUGGCCUUGUCUAUGAUUCCUUCCGCCUUGAUUGUUGUUUUGACAAUUACAAUGUCCGUGGGUGCUCAGGUUAUGGUGUCCAAGAAUGUUAUUGUCAGAAAAUUAGACUCUUUGGAGGCCUUGGGUGGAAUCAAUGAUAUCUGCUCCGAUAAGACCGGUACCUUGACUCAAGGUAAGAUGGUAGCCAAGAAAGUGUGGGUUCCAUCUGUUGGAACCUUCAGCAUGGACAACUCCAACGAGCCUUUCAACCCAACCAUGGGAGAUUUGACCUUUACCAAAUAUUCGCCUAAGUUUAUCAAGGAAACCGAUGAAGAGAUUGACUUCUUUCCAAUGGAUAAGACAAAUAAGGACUCCUUUGCCAACAACUUCCUUAAGUGGUUGGAUGUGGCUACUUUGGCUAACAUUGCUACUGUCAACCAAACCAAAGAUGAAGAAUCAGGAGAAUUAGUGUGGAAGGCCCACGGAGAUGCCACUGAAAUUGCUAUUCAAGUGUUCUGUUGCAGAGUGGGAUUCGGGAGAGAGGAAUACGCUCAGAACAUGGAACACCUUGAGGAAUUCCCAUUUGACUCCUCGAUCAAGAGAAUGUCUGCGAUCUACAAAAUGGAAGAUGGCAACACUAAAGUGUUCACUAAGGGUGCUGUAGAAAGAGUUAUCCGCAGAUGUACUUAUUGGACUGGAAACCCUGAGGAAAAGACCGACACUGAAGACCUUCAGAAAUUGACUGAGGAAGAUAUUUUUGAAAUCGAAGCCAACAUGGAUGCCUUGUCGUCUCAAGGUUUGCGUGUAUUGGCAUUUGCAAGCAGAGACUAUGACGAGCUGAAGGAGGACAUGAAGGACAGAGAAGCCAUUGAGUCCAACUUGAUCUUUCAUGGAUUGGUUGGUAUCUACGAUCCUCCCAGACUUGAGACAGCCGGCUCUGUCAAACUGUGCCAUAAAGCCGGUAUCAAUGUCCACAUGGUCACUGGUGACCACCCUAGCACUGCUAAGGCCAUUGCUCAGGAAGUUGGAAUUUUGCCUCACAACUUGUACCACUACAGUGAGGAAGUUGUCCAGGCCAUGUGUAUGACUGCCAAUGAAUUCGAUGCCUUAUCAGAUGAGCAGAUUGACAACUUGCCAGUUUUGCCAUUAGUCAUUGCCCGGUGUGCGCCUCAAACUAAAGUGAGAAUGAUUGAUGCCUUGCACCGUCGUGAUAAGUUUUGUGCAAUGACUGGUGAUGGUGUCAAUGACUCUCCUUCUUUGAAGAAGGCUGAUGUUGGUAUUGCUAUGGGUCUCAACGGUUCUGACGUUGCCAAGGAUGCUUCUGACAUCGUUUUGACUGAUGACAACUUUGCCUCUAUUUUGCACGCUAUUGAAGAAGGUAGAAGAAUGGCAGCCAAUAUCCAGAAGUUCAUCUUGCAGCUUUUGGCUGAGAAUGUCGCUCAAGCUAUCUAUUUGAUGGUUGGUUUGUGCUUCAUGGAUGAAAACCAUCAAUCGGUGUUCCCAUUGUCUCCGGUUGAGGUUUUGUGGAUUUUGGUUGUCACUUCCUGUUUCCCAGCCAUGGGCUUGGGUCAAGAAAGAGCUGCCGAAGACAUUUUGGAACAACCUCCAAACCGUAAGAUCUUCACCAAAGAACUCAUUCUUGAUAUGCUUGCCUACGGACUUUGGAUGGCCGCAUGCUGUAUGUUGUGUUUUGUGAUUGUUGUCUUCGGAAAGGGUAAUGGAGAUUUGGGUCGUGACUGUAACUCUACAGAUGCCCACCUCGAAACAUGUCGCUUGGUAUUCGAGGGUAGAUCCGCAUCUUUUGCAACCAUGACCUGGUGUGCCCUUAUUUUGGCUUGGGAGUGUGUCCAUCCAAUCAACUCUUUGUUCCACAUGAGACAAGAGACAGACAACUCUUGGUGGAAGCAGACAUGGAUUGAACUCUGGGGUAACCAGUUUUUGUUCUGGUCCGUGUUGGGCGGUUUUGUUUCUGUGUUCCCUGUGGUAUACAUUCCUGUCAUCAAUGACAAGGUAUUUUUGCACACGGGUAUUGGUUACGAGUGGGGUGUUGCGAUUGCUUUAACGUUGUUGUUCUUGGCAGGUUCUGAGUUCUGGAAGUGGAUGAAGAGAAUCUACAAGCGCAAGUGGAGCUCCAAGGUGAAGAACCCUGAGUACGAGUUGGAGAGAAACGAUCCAUUCCAGAGAUACGCAUCUUUCUCAAGAUCCAACACAAUCGAUCCAGACAUGCUUGCCUGA